UUAGGGUUUUGAUUUCGGGUUCUCAAAACGAGGUCGUGUUGAGAAACUAGAAGAGGAUCCGAACGCCACAACAAUUAAACUGUGGUUUUAGGCUUUGUUUGGGUUCUUGGCUGCUACCAUUCCCUCUCUAACCUAACUUCUCUCUCUCUCUCUGAGUUGGUAGAGAGUUGGUGGAGUGUGUGUUUGUGAAUUGAAGAUGUCAAGGCCAGAGGUACAAGCUCCUCCUGAGAUAUUCUACAACGAUGAAGAAGCUCGCAAAUACACCUCCUCUUCUCGUAUCAUUCAAAUUCAGGCAAAACUCUCGGAGAGAGCUCUCGAGCUUCUUGCUUUGCCCGAUGAUGGAGUCCCCAGAUUACUUCUUGACAUUGGUUGCGGAUCAGGACUUAGUGGGGAGACAUUAUCUGAGAAUGGACACCAAUGGAUUGGCUUAGAUAUAUCACAAUCAAUGCUUAGUGUUGCAUUGGAGCGCGAGGCGGAGGGUGAUCUUAUACUUGGUGACAUGGGUCAGGGCUUAGGUUUUCGACCUGGAGUUAUUGAUGGUGCUAUCAGUAUAUCAGCCGUUCAGUGGCUCUGCAAUGCUGACAAGUCCUCCCAUGAACCUCGGUUAAGAUUAAAGGCUUUCUUUGGCUCAUUAUACAGAUGUUUGGCAAGAGGAGCAAGGGCAGUAUUUCAAGUAUAUCCGGAAAGCGUUGCCCAGCGUGAGUUGAUACUCAGUUUUGCUAUGCGUGCUGGGUUUGCUGGUGGUGUGGUUGUUGACUUCCCCCACAGUACUAAGAGCAGAAAAGAAUACCUUGUGCUCACUUGUGGUCCGCCGUCCCUGACCACAGCCACUCCAAAAGCGAUAGGUGAAGAUGAAGAGAGUUGUUCUGAAGAUGAGACUAGUGAAGAUGAAGAGAAUGAAACAGUUUGCAUCUCAGACAGGCAUAGACCAAGGAAAAAGCAAAAAAUAACAAAGAAAGGUAAGGGACGUGAAUGGGUUUUGAGGAAGAAGGAACAGAUGAGAAAAAGGGGAAAUGUUGUGCCUCCAAAUACAAAGUACACGGCGCGCAAGAGAAAAGCUCGCUUUUGAUGAUCACAUAUCCUGGUGGAAAAUUUUGUAUUCAGGCUUUUCUCUUAUAUUAAUCCAAAUUGGGAAUUGAUUUAGGUAUUUCUUGUUUCCUGUGGUGAUCUCGUGUUGUUGGUUUUUCUAGCCCUAAUUAAAUGAGAGUAAUGUUAGGUGAAAAUAUGAAAUUUAAACCUGAUUGCAAAACCCACAAGAAACUGAUUCACCGAGGCAAAAACAAGAUGCCAGUAGCGAGUGCUUGAGUUUUGAGGUCUGGUUUUCGUAUAUUUGGAACCCAAUAUAGUUUUGUGUGGAUGUGGUACACCAUCUUCAUCUUGUCGGACAUUGAAUGCUGAUGAGUAAAUUUUUGCUUUGUAAAAAUUAGCAGCAACCUAUGGUUUAAUUGAUGACAUGUCAAAAUUUGGUUUUAUUCAUUUUUA